CGCGCGCACCAGCGCGUCGACCGGUGUGCUCAGGUCGCCGCUGAGGUACAACGCGCACCGGCUGUUGCGCAGGACUGAUGGGUAGAAUGACCGGUUUACGAUGGCGGCGUCGUACUCUUCCUCUGUGGCCGGGGCUGGGGUGGUGGGCACUGCGGCGACUGCGGCGGGGGUGGGGGGGAUGAGUGUCGUCUGCACCAGCUUCGACCUCUUCUGCGUGGAGGCAGCGGCGGCAGGGAGUUUGCGUUUUGGAGGCAUUGUUGUUAUUGUGGAGGAGGUGAUGAGACGGUGCAGAGAGAUGAGGCGCGUUUUGGGGACACGCGAUGGGAGGAACAUGAAGGGAGAGGGGGAUGUGGGAUUUGCUUUUCCAUUUCCAUUUGGCUCUGGCUUUGGCUUUGUGGUACAAUAAUAACCUGGUGGGUAGCUCUGAUCGUGGGGUGGAAUCAUGGCGUUGCACAGAUCGGAUGGACAGAGCUAAGGCGAUAAGCGAGCGGGAGAGACACGCC